CGAGCCCUCUGGGAAGUGGAGUCCUUCCGCCGGGACCCCCGACCUGGCGCGGUCGCCUCCAAGUGCGCAGAUGCGACUCCAGACGGAGCCUCAGGCUCGAGCCUUUUGUUCCCCCACAGCUCAGUGUGUCCGGAAAGCGACUCCGUCCUCCCCUCCGUCUUUCCCAGAGCGCAGCCCGGCGGGGACCCGCCCUGUGGCCGGAGCCGAGUGGGCAGCGCGUCCAGGGAACUUCAGAGUAGAGUUGAAUGAUUUUCACAAAGAAGCAGAUUAUGUAUUGUUGGAAAGUCCAUGUUUAUCUCAUCUGACACAGCAAAUAAAGGAGAAAUCAUAGCAAUAACAGGACAAAAAAAGAGAAUCUAAUCAUGGAUUAUCUGACCAUUGAAGCUGAGGAAGAAGUCCUUCCAGCCAUUACUACCGAGGAUGCUUCUCUGCCCCAAAAACAGAACAUGGAAGAAAUGGAACCUACUGUUGAGCUCCUUCCUGUUGAGUUCCAGGAAUUGGUGACAGUCAAGGAUGAGGAAAUGGACUUCAGUCAUGUGGAGGAAGAAGAGCUGAAUUCUGCCCAAAGGUACAUGGGCAUUGAUAUGAAAGUGGAGAAUUGUGGGAGCCUGGUAUUUUGGGAUUCCGAAUCUAUACCUGAAACUAAAGAAUCUUUUUCAAAGCAAGAACUUUAUGAAGAAGUGUCCUCCGAAAGAGAGCUGAUAAUAGAAAGACUUAAAAAGGUUGAGGCCUGGGACUCCAGACUGAUAGAAGCCUGGCAAUGUGAAGGCACAUUAGAAAGGCAGCAAGGAAACCAGAAGAAAGAUUUAAGGCAAGCCACAAUUAAACACAACAAAACCACUGUGGAGGAUUGUAAUGAAAUUGCGGAAAGUUCAAACCCAAUCAAACAUCGAAAUAUUUACUCAGUGAAAAAGCCUUGGAAGUGCAAUGAAUGUGGGAAGUUCUUCAGUUACUACUCAGCCUUUAUCCUACAUCAGAGAAUUCAUACUGGAGAGAAGCCUUAUGCAUGUACUGAAUGUGGAAAGGCCUUCAGUCGGAGCUCAUCACUUAUUCAGCAUCAGAGAAUUCACACGGGAGAAAAACCUUACGAGUGUAGCAAAUGCGGGAAAGCCUUCAGUCAUCGGUCAGCCCUCAUUCAGCAUCAUAUCAUUCACACUGGAGAAAAGCCCUAUGAGUGCAAUGAAUGUGGGAAAGCCUUCAACCAAAGCACAUACCUUAUUCAACACCACAGAAUCCAUACUGGAGAGAAACCCUAUAAAUGCAAGGAAUGUGGGAAAGCUUUCAAUGAUACCUCAUCCCUAAUUAAACAUCAAAGAGUUCAUACUGGAGAAAAACCUUAUGGAUGUAAAGAAUGUGGGAAAGCCUUUAGUGACAGGUCGGGCCUCACUCAACAUCAGAGAACUCAUACAGGGGAAAAGCCAUAUGAAUGCAGUGAAUGUGGGAAAGCUUUCAGCUACUGUUCAGCUCUUAUUCAACAUCAAGGAACCCAUACUGGGGAGAAACCUUACAAAUGUAACGAAUGUGGGAAAGCCUUCAGUGAUCGCUCAGCUCUCAUAAGACACCAAAGAAUUCAUACUGGGGAGAAACCUUACAAAUGUAAAGAAUGUGAGAAAGCCUUCAGCCAGAGCUCAUCUCUUACAAAGCAUCUGAGAACUCAUACUGGAGAGAAACCAUAUAAAUGCAGUGGUUGUGACAAAGCCUUCAGUCAGAGUUCAUCUCUUAUUCAACAUCAGAAAACCCAUACAGGAGAAAAACACUACAGAUGUAAGAAAUGUGAGAAAACCUUCAGUGUGCGUUCAGCCUUUUAUCAACAUAAAGAAAUUCAUGAUGAAUAGAAUGCAGUAAAUUCAUGAAAUAGUUAUGUAUUCUUGGGGCACCCAGCUGGCUCAAUAAGGCUGGCUCAAUGCAAUUCUUGAUAUUGGGGUCAUGAGUUCGAGUCCCAUGUUGGGCAGAGUUUACUU